AUGAAUGUUCUAAUUUCUAGUUUUUUAUGCGCUGACUGGAGUUACAAUGAUCAAUCAUCAUGGUCAAAAGAUAGUUCACAAUGCAGUGGUCAAAAUCAGUCACCGAUAAACAUUAACACUAAGACUGUAAAAGAUACAAAAUUAUGUUUUCAUAUACAUUGGGGCAAUCAAGAUAACAAAGGCAGUGAACACAGUAUUGAUAAUAAAUUUUCAGCCGCAGAGAUACAUUUUGUUCACUACAAUAAAAAAUAUGGAUCCCUUGUAAAUGCUAUGACUAAACCCGAUGGACUGUUAGUGUUGAGUGUAUUGGCUAAACACAGUCCCAGUCCUAACCGAAACUUGAAUUUGUUAACAAAAGCGGCUGAAAAAAUAAGUUCAUUUCAUGCAACACAUGUCAUACAAAGUAAUAGUCAUUUUCAAUUGGAUCAGUUGUUUCCAAUUAAUUUAAAUGGGAUAUACAGAUACCAGGGAUCACUUACAACACCGCCCUGUUAUGAGACAGUUACCUGGCUGAUCUUUAAAAACACAAUUGAAAUUAGUAGCGAUCAGAUCAAAGUAUUUCGUGGAUUACAACAGAGUUCAGGCAAAAAGUUAUUAACAAAUCUUCGAAAUAUUCAACCAUUGAAUGGACGAACAGUUUUUUUAUUUUAA